AUGGCCUCCCCUCCCUACACCUACGUCACGGCCCCCACGAGCCCAAUCCCCCCGGGCCUCGACGACUUCGAGUUCGAGACGAGCAGCAAAUUCAACAGCGGCCGCCACAACAACAACUUCGAUCCCACCUUCUUCGACUACUACGGAGGGCAAAACGGUAAAAUCGCCUUCGCGGACGAGCUCUUCUCCGACGGCCUCGUCAUGCCGCUCAAGCCUCCGCCACGCCUCCACCACGACUCCUCCGCCGCCUCCUCCCCGACGAGGCCCGCCACCCUCUGCCGCCUCCCCUUCUCGAGGAAGAACAACAACGACGAUUUCGACCCGUUCGUGGCCGCGCUGCAGAAGGUCACGGAGGAGAAGAGGCGCGGGCGGGUGCCCGGGCCCCGCCAGAGGCGCUCGAGGUCGUACUCGCCUUUCCGGGCCGUGGUCAGGUGCUCGAGCGACUGCACGGUCUACGCCGACCGGGAGUUCUCGGAGGAGAGCGCCGCCCAGGCGGCGGGUGGGCCCAGCUUUAGUGGGCCGCUGUUGGACUUCAAGGGGUCGGCGUACGCGAGGUGGGUCCGGGACCAGACAGGGGAAGGGGGGCUGAGGCCCGUGAGGAACGAUUCGGCCCGGCCCGAGGACAGGAGCUUUAGGAAGGUGCAGAAGCUGAAGGAGUUCUUGAAGAAGUAUGCUUUGUUUGGGAGGAUGAGCAAAGGGACAAAGACAGGUGCAGAGAAAAACAAGUCUAGUAAGUAUUAUGCUAAAUUGGGUUUCAAAGCCAAGGAAAAUGGGAAGUGA